AAAAGAAAAUAAUAAAUAUAUUCCUUGACAUGAGAGCGAAUGGGUCUCAAUGCCUGUGGUGCAUCAGCCAAAAAAGUCGGUGCCCGCCGUGAACAUACUGUCGUUUUCAUCACCGGACAACUGAACGGCGACGCCGCGCUCCGCUCUGAGUCACGGCGCCAUCUUCAUCGUCACGCUCCCGAUUCCGACCUCAGAAGAAGCUUUUCUCGAUAAGAUAUGACGGAGGACGGUGGCGUUAGGGUUUCCUCCGACGAACCCUCAGUCCCCAAUAUCGACGCCUCUUCUCAAACAAAGCCAAGAAAGAAAAGGAAGUGGGAUCAACCUGCGGAGUCCUUUCUUUCUUCUGGUAUUGCAGUACAUGGGGUCCUCCCAUCAUGUAACAUGACGUCCCUUGGUGGGGUUGGUAUUGCCAGUGUGGCGGCGCUGGCACCAGUUUCUUCAGUCAACUGUGCAACCUUAACCCAGACGAAGAUUCAAGAUGAGUUAAUAGCAAGAGAAAUAUCAAUAAAUGAUGCCGAGCCUUCUGUUCGAUACAAGCUCACGAAACGUCAGACACAGGAGGAGAUUCAGAGACAAACUGGUGCUGUGGUGAUAACUAGGGGCAAGUAUCAUCCUCCAAACGCACCUCCAGAUGGUAACAAGCCACUGUAUCUUCACAUCUCUGCAGGAGCCCAUUUGAAAGAUAUGGCGGAAAGGAUUUUAGCUGUUGAUCGAGCUGCUGCCAUGGUUGAAGAAAUGCUGAAACUGGGUCAGAAUUUGGCGCCGUCUUCUUUGCAUUCUUUAAGCAAUGGCCUCAAGGUUAACCAGCCAUCUAGCACGUGUGUGUUUUUGGGCUUUGACACAGACCCAUCUAUGAAUAUUACUGCUCGAAUACGGGGACCAAAUGACCAGUAUAUAUAUCACAUAAUGAAUGAAACAGGAGUAACAGUUUCUCUCCGAGGACUUGGUUCAGGAAGUACUGAAGGUGCAUGUGAAGAACAACCAUUGCAUUUAUUCUUGUCAAGCAGCGAUUCCAAAAAACUGGAGGAUGCCAAAAAUUUGGCCGAAAACCUGAUGGAUACAAUCAGUAAAGAAUUUGGUGUUUCAAGGGUUUCAUCAUGUAAGGUUUAUAGUGCUGUUCCACCUCCACAGCAGGUUUAUGGAGCUGUUCCACCUCCACCGCAGGUUUAUGGAGCUGUUCCACGACCACCACAGGUUUAUGGAGCUGUUCCACCACCACCACAGGUUUAUGGAGCUGUUCCACCUCCACCACAGGUUUAUGGAACUGUUCCACCUCCACUGCUUUGCAGCGGCAUGUCAACCUCACAGCAGUUGUUCACUGGAGUUGACAGCAUGGGAAAUGAGCCGACUACAAGUUCAGCUUCAAGUUUAAUCUCGUCAGCUUGUCCUACCAUAAUCUGUCCAGUUUCUUCCAUUAUACCAAGAGUUGCUGCCGUCAGCACUCAAGGUUCGGUAUUACAAUCUGGAGGAUUGCCACAGCCUCAAUCAACUGCCAUUAGUUAUUCCAAGCCACCUGUAUCUGGUGGGACGAACUAUAAUGGAUAUAAUGGAAUAUAUCCUCAAGCGACACCUUUGCAACAAGUUGCCCUAGCCCUUAAACAAGUAUCUUCAACUGUCACGUCCGUAGCUGUCCCAAACAGAUCUGCACCAAGCGUGUCAAAUAUGAGUGUUAGCUCCGAUGCAGAUAAAGAAAAACGGCCGCAUCAGAAGCGUAAAUUUCAAGAGCUACCAAUAUGUGUGCAGGGUUCUGCAAUAAACAACCAGGAUUCAGAAAUUUUGAAGCCCUCAAAACAAUCAACAGAUGCCACUGUGAGAAAUGUAUCAAAUAUGCCAGCUCCUAGGAAGCUAGUUCAACCUUCAUCCGAGGGUAUGCCACCGCCUCCGCCCAGAUCCAUGCCACCUCCGCCCAGACCAACAAAAUCUACGUCAACAGUUAAGGAACUUUCGUCAGAUACCAUGAAACGCAACGUAGUCUCAGAUACAUUAGUCAAGCUGAUGGAAUAUGGAGAGGAAGAUGAUGAUUCAGAGGAAGGCGUUGAAUUGUUGAGUAGCAAUAACACUACCGGUGCCGUGGCAAACCGAAAACCUUUCUGGGCUGUGUAGAAAUGGCGUUAACAAGCUAGAGAAUGUUUUCAUCAUCUGUGACAUACUAAAUUCUGGGCUGCUCCUCAAGACAUGCCAUUGACGUAUUUCAAGCUCACGUGCAGCGGUAAGGUGGCCGGGGCUAUGGGUCUAGGCUAUCGACACUACUCUUUCCGGUUUAGAAAAUGUUGUAAAUUAGUAGUUUCUCCAUAAUAGGUUGUAGUUUCCUUCUCAGAUAUUGCUCUGUAGUCUGUAGCUUGCAACAUUUAUUGAGCUAGUAUAAUGCUUGAAGCUUCACUUCUAUUCCCUGAGCAAUUUAGCAGCAGCCCAGCAUGGUGGGAAAGAUGAGUUCAAACCAACAAAACAAAGAAGCUAAAAAGUGUAUCAAAAAUAAAGGUUCAUCAGUUGAUUUAAAUGUUGUUGAUUCAUAGUAA